GAUUAUGUGGAGGCUGCAGCGUUGGCCCCGCCUAGCAGCUUUCCCGCUCUCCGUCUUCUCUUAGGUCCGCAGUGAAUGUUUAAAUACUGCCGGUCACUCUGCUUCCACUCAUUCGUUCUGUACGAGCCGACAUAACAAUACCUGAAAAUGAGUGGAAGAGGAAAAGGAGGAAAGGGACUCGGCAAAGGAGGCGCCAAGCGUCACCGUAAAGUUCUACGUGAUAACAUCCAGGGCAUCACCAAGCCCGCCAUCCGCCGUCUGGCUCGCCGUGGCGGAGUGAAGCGUAUCUCCGGUCUGAUCUACGAGGAGACCCGCGGGGUGCUGAAGGUCUUCCUGGAGAAUGUGAUACGUGAUGCCGUCACCUACACCGAGCACGCCAAGAGAAAGACGGUGACCGCCAUGGAUGUGGUGUAUGCCCUGAAGAGGCAGGGCCGCACUCUGUACGGCUUCGGAGGUUAAACAUCUACACCCUGACAUACCUAGAAAACCAACGGCUCUUUUAAGAGCCACC